AUGGGUUUCCCCAACGAUCAGUCCGAUUCAUUGAAAUUUCUGGAUUCUGAAUCUAAAGAUAUAUCUGCAUAUCUGAAUUCAACUGAAACUAAGACUCUAACACUAAUCUCUCCCGAUCACAUCGAUCCUAUCGAGCCGUUGAAUGCAAUAGAAUCUGUAAUGGUGGGUCCGGGUUUUGAUAAUUUAAGAAAUAGUUGUUUCAUAAACGCGAUUUUGCAAUGUUGUAUCCAUAUUGUCCCUUUUGCUGAGGGGCUUCAAUCAUCUGGUCAUAAGAAGUCAUGCAAAAGUUUUAUUGAAGGGUUUUGUUUAAUAUGUACUAUUAUGCAUCUUUUUGAUGAAGCUAUUAUUGUUUAUGAUGGAAAUAGUAUUGCAAUAAUUGUUCACAACAUAGACAAGAUUUCAUCUUGUUUAAUGAAAGAUCAACAGGAAGAUGCUCAUGAGUUUCUUCAGUGUUUGUUGGAUAAACUUGAACAUGCCCCUCUAUAUGGAUCGGAUUUUGUCAAACAGAUUUUUGAGGGUUGUCUUGUUAGUAGAAUUGAAGGUUGCAAUUGUGGUCAUUAUUCUGACACUUAUGAACCGGUGAUUGACCUUAGUUUAGAGAUUCAAAAUGCUUUUUCUCUAGAAAAUGCUUUGAAGUCUUUUACGGAUGUUGAAAGAAUCGGAGAUGGUGAAGCAAUCUUUACGUGUGUAAGUUGCAAUGAUAGUGUUGUUAUAGAGAAACAACUUGAGUUGGACACAGUUCCUUCUAUUGCUUCUUUUCAUUUGAAAAGGUUCAAUUACAACGGUGUCAUUCUCGACAAGAUUGAUAAGCACAUCGAAUUUCCAUUGGAGCUCGAUCUUCGCCCUUACACUAGGCAAUGUUGGAAUUCUGAUAUUCCAUUGAUGUAUGAUUUGUAUGGAAUUGUGGUCCAUGUUGGAUCCUCUCCGAUCUUUGGGCAUUAUUAUUCGUUUGUUCGUUCUUCACCAGAUGCAGGGUACAAAAUGGAUGAUCAUAAUGUUACUAGGGUUAAUGAGAAUAUUGUGUUAGCUGAGGCAGCUUACAUUCCUUUCUAUGCUAAGAAAGGAACACAAAUGUCUUCAACUUACAAGACUGCUAGUAAGCAAUAUUUAUCCAUGGUUCUUUCAAACGGGUUGCCCACAUUUAUUCUUGAAAAUGAUGAUCAAUCUUCUUUAAUCGUGGCGAUCAAUAAUGGGGAUUUUAGUGAUUAUGUCACUCCUAUGACUCCACCUAGAUCUCGUAACGAGGGAGAGAAUUCGACCUAUGAUUGGCUUAUUUCCAAAGCUUGGAUUCUUGCCAUCUUGAAAUCAUUCAUAAAGAAAUCUAUCCUACUAUGCUUAAGACAUGCAAAGACACUUACCGAAGAGAAGGAACAGAGAAGGGCUUCUUUCCCAGCAGCUAGAGGUGGGAAGGCCUAUUUCCGUCUUUCCUGGUCUUGA